CACCCACCCACACAACUACUCAUACAUAUAUAUAUGCUCUCAUACUCUCUCUCUCUCUUCUUCUUCUUCCAAGAAAAUCUGCACACAAAACUCCAGGAACUCCUAACCAUCAUGAUCACUCUCUGCUAUAUUUGCAUCAUAUGGUUCUCCAGUGUAGGGUUCCUCCGAGCAGACUCUCAGAUCAUAUCAGCUCGAGUGGGUUCCACAGCUGUCCUGCCGUGUGAGUGGAGAAAUGUCUCCAUCCAAACACCGAAUGUUCAGUGGAACACAGCUUCUGAGAUUGUGUUUGAGAGAAAGGGUGUGCAGUGGUAUGAGGGUGAGGGAUAUAAGAACCGUGUGGACGUUCCUAAAGACAAGCUGCUUAAAGGAAACUGUUCCCUGGUGUUGAAGAACGUCACACUCACUGAUGCAGGCAUCUACGAGAGCUUCCUGUCUGUGAAGCGCACGAAGAGAGCCAGCUCUACAAGAUGGAUUUUAGUGCAGAGUGUCGAGCUCUCAGUCGAUGAAGAAACACCUGAAGAGACUCUAUGGCAUAUUUCAGCUGCCAGAGAAACACCUGAAGAAAAUUUGUACGAAAGGUUAACUGCUGAUGCAGGAGUGAACUGUCCUCGAGCACAGAUCAUCCUCCUUUCUCUUCUUACAUGUUUCUGCGUCCUUCGCUUCUGAGUGGAAACGAGACAGGAGCAGGUCCGAGUUUGAGCAUUUAGAGUUUAGUAAAGAAAUUGCUGACAAAAUGUGAAGGACUAAAAAUCUAACUAUGUAAAAGAAGUGUGACAUUAUCAUACCAUUACCUUAACAUCUAGAUGUUAAAAUACUUGGCUUAAGUAACAAUAUUAAUAAGUAAUGUUACACGAUGCACCAUGCUGUUACGGAAAAAACAUCCACAAUGCCGGACAUGUCACUAUAACAGCACGGCCCCAAGUGUUUUGCUCCUCUUGGUGGCAGUCGUGGCCUAAUGGUUAGCGUCUUGGACUUGUAACCUGAAGGUCAUGGGUUCGAGUCUGAGGUCCGGCAGGGAUGGUAGGUGGGGGAGUGAAUGACCAGCGCUCUCUUCCACCCUCAAUACCAUGACUGAGGUGAGACCCUUGAGCAAGGCACCGAACCCCCAACUGCUCCCCGGGUGCCGGGGCAAGAAAGGCUGCCCACUGCUCUGGGUGUGUGUUCACUACUGUGUGUGUGUGUGCACUUGGAUGGGUUAAAUGCACAGCACGAGUAUGGGUCACCCUUCUUGGCCACACAUCACUUCACUUCACUUAUACCACAGCAAUUAAUUACAUUACAAUUUUUAAUUUAUCAAAGAAUGAUAGUUACAUAUUUUACACAUAGUUACACAUUUUAUAGUUAUAUAUAACAUAUAACAUAUGACAUAUAACAUAUGAUAUAACAUAUAACAUUGCAUAAUGUCCAUGAAACAAGUUUUGUUUCAGCUUGUCUCGUUACUAAGAAAGCACACAGCUACUGCAGCUUUACCUCUGACUGUUACAAGCGCUGGCACUGAAGACUCCUUCCAUAAAAGUAAAUGUCAAGUGUGAAGGAGCUGUUACUAUAGAAACGAUAAUAUAUUAGAACAAACACAUUAAUAUAAACUUGUGAUUUGCAGCUGCAGCCUUCUGAUUCACGAAUUCAACAAGAGCUGUGGUAUAAAAUUAUUGAUUAUAUUACUAAUGAUUAUUACUAUGGAAUAUGUAUUUCAAAUUGUUUUUUUUUUAAUACAACUUUGUAUUUAUUUAAUGUGUAACUAUUUUUAUUUUCUAUUUAAAGUUAGGUAAAGAACUGUUGUGCUUGUUCUAUAAUUAAAGUUAAAACUGCAUCCAGUGAAUGUGAAUGAAUGCUGAUGUGUUUUGUUGCCUUUUUUAUUUAGACAAAGAAUAAAUUAAAAAAAAAAAAAAAGAGUAAAACUCUUAUAAAAAAGAAAAAAAAAAACAUCAAGACUUCCAUAAGCUACAGUAAAUGGAAUUUAUCAACUAGCAUUAAUAGUUAAAAGUGUUAUAUAAUUAUCUAGCUUUUAACUAAAGUGAGUGUGAUGUGAAACUGCUGUGUGGAGCGCUCUGCUCGGUGUCUUUAGUGACUACAGUAUCAGCGCUAUGAAUGUCUUCAGCUUCACCUGCUCUAAAGGUGCUCAUGUGACUUGGAGCUGUUCAGGUUGUUCCUAAACUCUGU